AUGUGUGUGCAGAAUCUGAAUAGAAUAUUGGCUCCUGACAGAUUUACGUCAAAACUUUUGUCGGCUCGUGGAAGCGAUAAGCACGAUGUAGAGUCCUACUUGGACCCUGACAUCUUUGCUCCCGAUCCGGCAGACCUCAACGACGAACCUGAUGAAGACAAUGUCGAUCAACUACUUCUCAUGAACCCUGAAGAUAUUUUCACUAUGAAUAGCGAAGACGAACCGUUAUCGUCAUUAAAUCAACGACUACGUCCUAGGAGGCGAACAUGCAGUCCCACAAAUAAAAACGUUAGGAAAAGUGAAGGCAAAGUCACUUUGGAGAGACCUAAGAGGACAAACACUCCGUCUAAGUCUUUGCCUAAUAAACAAGAUGAUCUCGACAAGUCUGAUACUAUUUCUUCUUCUUCGUAUUUUCUUUGCCCCUACUGCGAUAGAAAAUUUACUUCAAAACAAACUGUUUCCAAACAUGCACGACGCAUGCAUUUGUCGAGUUCAAAACAAGACUUUUUUAUUGCCUGUAUCUUCUGUAACCACACCGAAGCUGAGGCCAAUGACAUCAUUCGGCAUAUGAUCGAUAGUCAUCCCAAUCAAUACUUUACUUGUAUAGAUUGUCAAACGCGGUUUGCAUCACCUGCAGAACUCUCAGAGCAUAAGUUGACCGUUUGUGAGAAACAAAAGCCUUAUCGCAGCAAACUGCGCCAGAAGAAUAUACGGGCCUUGAAAAAAUGUCAAAAAGAUGCCAAUGACGACAGACAAAUUGAUUUUCAAAGAGAUAAAGAAGUAAUUGAAACUCAUGGGUUUAAUGGAAUUGUUAUUUCUUGUGAACCAUCUCAUGUACACGAUGAAGCUGAUAUUGAAGAUAAUAUCACAACUAACCUAAUUUUACCACCCAGUAAGUCUAUUGGCAACAGUACAGUUAUUGAGAAAAAUGCAGUUAUUGUUUUAGAUGACAUACAAUGGAAUAAACGAAUACCACCAAAUUUUUCUUUCCAUAACACCGAUGCGGAUCAAAUUCUUUCGAGGUUAGGUGUUGUGCACCGAUCGCCAAGGACGGGCGAAUCGACUAGAAAAGAUUGGGUUAAAACAAGUGACGAUGCAACCCAAAAAUUCGAAAAAUGUUUUGAAACCAGCUUCUACUCAAAAGUCGCGAGUAAUGUCGCCGAAAAUUUAGCAAAAUGUCUUGACGGUUCAUUUAACUUUAAUCCGGAUUUGGAAAACACAAUUAAAACAAGAAAAUCUAAAAAUAGUGUUGUUAUCAAUACUGCAGAAGGUUUUCCUAUACUAUUAGCUUAUGAACAAUAUUCCCGCAACAUUUUUGAAAACUACUUACCCAGAUCUAUUGCGCCUAAACACAAAUGGAAGUGGGAUAGUCCAGAAGUAGAUAAAUGUUUCAUUAAUGCAGAUCAAAUGAAGCGAGAUUCUCAUGCAAAUAAAUGCAUUAUUACGUUGGUUUCAAGUCUGGAUAUAUGGACCCAAUUAAGUAUGCGCAAAAAAUAUGACAAACAAUUGAAUAUUUCCCAUUUAGAGAAGAAGACUGAAAAACAAAACAUUAUUGAUAAAGAACUGAAAGAGAUACUGGAAAGUAGAGAACUACCAACGUCAUCUACACAACUUACAAAAUACACAAACGUAAUAGGCACUCCUGUAAGAGAAGAUCUUGAAUUUCCUAAUUUUCUAGGUUUAACUCAAACAGCACCGACUUAUAAUUUAGAACCUGCGGUUCUUAGUGGAGAAUGGGUAAGACCCAGAUGUUAUGUAUGUUGCGCAUGUGGUGCCCAAACUCGAGAUUCUAAGGCACUCUCGUCUCAUAUAUCAAUGCAUCAUCCUAAUGCACAAGUACAGCAUUACGAAAUAGUCGGAGAACCAUUACUAAACGCUGACAUCUUAAAGCAUUUGUACGUACCGCCAAGCCAGGUGUGCAAUAGAACCCGCCCUUUGAGAGGUUUUAGAGACUGCACUAAGUGUAAAAAGUCGGUAAGUUUAAAAGACUUACAUCAACAUAUGCUGGAUUGUGCCGGCGAUACGCCAGCAGUACGCCGAAAAUGCCGAUAUCGGCCUUUUGGAGUACGCAGAAGACGACCUCGUCUACCAGACAAUGUUAUCAGGAGAAAAAUACGAAAAGAUUUAAGGAAUCGUCACAAACAAAAGAGUCACAUGAGACCCCGGCAGAAAAUAAGGAGCGAAGUUGGCGAUGCCGAGACAAUCCGGAAAAUGAUUGCAGACCUGCCCGCAAAACGUCAUCGGGUAAUGAUUAAUCCCCUAAAUCCUUCAUUGCGACCUCGUCGAAAACUCGACAAACAAAGAAGUAAGCUUUUAAUUAAACAUUGUUCAUCAGAUGAUUCGAUUACUCGGAAACUAAGAUCCUUAAAAGAACUAAAUAAUUCUUCAAGUUCUUUUAACAUACCUACAAACAAAGAAGAAAUUAUCAAGAAUGUUAAUAAGAAAGAUAUUGAUGAUGACAAAACCUCUAAACCCAGCGACGAGGAUAAGUUUCUCAGACCAAUCAGACGAGCUGCUGAUAAAAAUACCCGCCAUUCUGAAACUUUAAAAAGGAAAGUUGUGCUUAAUCGCGCUAAAAGAAAAAUUCAAAUAAAGGGUAUGAGCUCAGGCAAACAACCAAUGAGCUCAGGCAAGAAAUCCAUGAACUCGAACAAGCAAUCCGUGAGUUCAGGAAAACAGGCUACGAACUUGAUCAAUCAGUCUAGCUCGGGAAAUUCAAUUACGAGGUCUGGAAACCAAUCUACUAACGCAAGCAAACAGUCUACGAGCUCGAGUAAUCCACCUACGGCUUCGGGUAACCAGUCUAAAACUUUUGAAAAUCCAGAUCUGUCUGACAAACAAACAGACGGUGACUCAAAUGAUGGGAAUGAUUCAUCAAGUGAUGACUUUCUCAAAAAUAAUACACCUAAAAAAGUUGAUAUAAAUAACAGUCAGUUUAGUUCGAGACAGAAUUCUGGGCGUGGUGGUAAUUACAACCGAGGAAAUAAUAACAACCGGGGAAAUCAUAGUAGAGAAAAUUAUAAUCGCUCGAAUAAUCAUAGAGGUAACAACAAUCGAGGAAACUAUGACAGAGGUAACAACAGUCGCGAAAACUAUGAUCGCGGGAAUGAUAACCAAGGAAACGACAACCAAAGAAACCAUAAUCGCGGAAGUAGUCGAGGUGGAAAAGAAAAAAACUCAGAGGAGGACGAUGGCGACCCCUCAACAGACAAUGAUCCGAACGAUCUAAAUUAUUCAGUCGCAUCUUCAACAGAUCGUGACAGUGAAGGGACGUCCCUUCAAACCUACCAAGGACUUUUUCGUCCCGACGAUUAUAGUGACGAGGUCCAAGACUUGUCUAUGAGUCAAGGCGAUGAAUCUGAAACAUAUGAAAAGGCUGCCUUAUCGUGUGGCAAAUUAGCCCUGGAGAAAUCCAGGGGUAAUAAAACACGAAAAGGCCUUAAUGCCUGUAUCGCGAUGUUGAAGAACAAACUUGAAGACCCCACUAUAAAUGUUGACUCUAUUGAUAAUGACGAACCAGUUGCCGGUCCAUCUGGUUAUUCUGUAACCAACCGGCUUAAUCAUGUACCGGACACAGAUGCACGUACGCAAGCAGUUGCUCAACUUGCUACUAGACGUGAUCAUCCAAACGUGCAUCCAUUAAUUCUGCCACUUGCUCAUCAAGUUGAAAACCACCAAAAUGCAGAAUUUUUAUCUAAUAAUUUACAUGCACCACCAAUAUCUCAUCUACCUACACGGACGGCGGCUCAACCAACAUUACAUUCAGCUGAAUAUUUAGCUCUUAAUGCGGCUGAAGCCAUUGCCGCAACACAUGCUGCACUCACAACUACACAUACGGCCUCACACGCGGCUGUCUCACAUUCAGCCGCUCAUUUAGUAGCUCCUCCAACUGCACUGGCUAUGCCUCAUCCUGUGGUGCAUCCAUCGGCUUAUCCUGCAGUACAACUAGCUGCUACUCAUGCAGUAGUGCAUCACGCAAACCAGUUGGGUGUGCCGUAUAGAAGUGACAACUUUAUCGAUCCAAAUCCUCGAUUCUUUUUGCAACCUACAUUUGAUCGCAAAAUAGACCCGAAUCCGGCGGAAGUAUUUUCCCGGUCUGUAAUACCCAUAGACAGAGUUGAUUUCCAUUAUCAAAGCAACCUGCCGCAACACAUAUCAAUCGAACAAGUAGCACAUGGUUUAGCUUUGUGUAAAGAAACUCUUGCGACUUCAUCCAAAGAUAGCAGUGGUAGCUACAGGGGAAGACAAAGAAAAUCUUCAGUUGGCAGUGGACAGCCUAAGAAAACACCUGUGAAAAGGAAGUCAACUCGUGUGAGAUCAAACGCGCAACCCACCAAUAUUCCACAAAAAUUGUUUGGUUUGCCCUCACAGAUUGAAGUCAUCCCUCAAACAUCUAUUGGAGUGCCGCUCCAAAAUCCUCCCCAUUUAGUCCUACAAAUUCCUGAGGAAUAUCCUAAUAAAAGCCCGGAAAGUGAAAAACGCACAAAACGAAAGCAAAGUAACAAUCAAAAUGAACCACAUCAACCAAAACCUACGAAUUUCUUUAAAGAAUCUAAAUCCCCCGGUAGAGCAGAAUAUCAUCAUACUUAUGAUAUGUCCGGUGGGCGUCUCAUUGAGAACAAAUCUUAUCAACUCCCAGUAGUUAGUGAACAAAAUUCAAUAAUUGAACAACGUACCUUGUCUGAGCAGAGAUCGGCGUCUGACCUGAGAUCACAAGAAGACCGAAGAACAGAUCAGAUACCAUUUUCAGAUCAGAGAUCCUUAUCUGACUAUAGGGCGCACAAUGAACAUAGAUCGCAACCAACCGAUCGUAUCUCUUUACCAGAUCCAGUAACAUUAGCAGAACAGAUGUCAUUGUUCGAACAAAGACCUUUCCGUGAUCCAAGAUCAUAUGCGGAACAGACGUUACCAGAACGGAGGACUUUUUCAGGAAAUUUUACAGAGCACAGACCAUACUCAGAUUUGAGGUCGCAUGUUGAUCACAGCAUUUACCAAGACCAUGGAUCUCAUUCAGAUCCAAGAACAUACACUGAACAGUUACCAUUCUCGGAACAAAUAUCAUAUAACAAUUUGAGGUCGAUACCGGAUCCGAGACAGCACGUAGACCCUAGGUCGCUUUCAGAACAGAUAGCGUUUGCAGACCAAAGAUAUCAAGAUCGAAGGUUAUAUUCUGGAGAAAGAACUUACCCUGACUCAAUUUUAUGUCCAGAUAUUAGAACCUUUUCAGAACAUAGGCCUCCACCUGAUGAAAGGCUGUACUCGGAACAACAACUAACAUAUGCGGAUCACAGAGUGUUAACAGACCAAAAUAUAGAGCAGCAACCGACGAAUGAACAAAUGUUGCCACCAGAACAAAGACCAUGUAAAAGAAGAUCUUCAAAGAAAAUUAAAACCGUUUCUGAUCGCAGGGUAUCAAGUGAACUUUGGCCUGCCUAUGAACUUAGGUCGUCAAACGACAAUUUAUCAAUGCAAGAACAUGCUACGAAUGAUUUAAGGUUAUCGAAUGACCAAUCUGUGUCUAGAGCACAGGGAACAUCUAUGGAUCGCCGUACAUCUGCGGAACAUCUACUCUCUGUCGAACGCCGUGUCUCUGAUGACCGUCUAUCUGGAGAGCAUCGGCUUUCCACUGAACGUAGGGUUUCAUUUGAACGUGGACCUUCUUCGGAAAGGAGAUCUUCGUUUGAUCGAGGAUCACCAUCGGAACGCAGGGGUUCAUUUGAACGUAGACCAUCUUUUGAACGUAGAUCUUCAUUUGAGCGCAGACCAUCAUUUGAACGCGGCCCUUCAUUUGAGCGUGGCCCUACAUUUGAGCGCGAACGCGGACCCUCAUUUGAGCGCGAGCGCGGACCCUCAUUUGAGCGCGGCCCUCCAUUUGAACGCGGCCCUUCAUUUGAACGAGGCCCUUCAUUUGAACGAGGUCCUUCCUUUGAACGAUGUCCUUCCUUUGAACGUCGGUCCUCAUUUGAACGACCACCUUCCCACGAGCAGCGUCACUCAACUGAACGUAGAGUUUCCAACGAUCGAAGGCUAUCUAAUGACAAGUACACAAAUGAAACUGCAUUCUCAUCAGAUCUAACGAGGCCAAGUGGGCAUAGGAACGCUGGUAGUGAAAUAUUUACCAAAGAAAAUGCAUUAAGCGAACAAAGUCAUGAUCAAUGGCCACCUAGAAACCGCGACAUAAUACCGGAACAAAUUUCAGAAAACGAACGUACUAACCACUAUUUGGAGCGAUCGAUCGACGAUCAGAGAUUAAACGAAAGAAGAGCCUCUGAACAUAGAUCAUCAAUGGAACAAAAAUUAAUAUCGGAACAGGAACAUGCUAUUCAAAAUAACUCAUUACGUGAGUACAAUAAUGAAACAACCUCACGUCCGGAUGUUUAUCAAGGAACGCACUAUUCUAACACUAAUGUGCAAUCUGAUGGUGAUGGAUCACAAAAGGGUCCGGAAGAAGAGGACACCGACAUACCACCUACUCAGCCUUUAGAUCUAUCUGGAAGAGCAAUAUCUACAGAACGAUCUUCAAAUUUAUUGAACUAUCGAAGCGACGGCACUUUGGAUUUGUCGAAAAAGAAAACAGAUAGUCCAGUUGAUGAAAAUGUUGUUGUUGACUUACGCGUUAAAGCUUCUGAUCAGACAGAAUCCGAAGCAUCUGUAGAUGAUAAUGCUACUGAUUUGACUGUUCCCAAGGAUUUAUCACUCAAGAGAAUGAGUAAACAAAUAUCAACAGAUAAAAAUGAAAAAUUAGCUUAUGGUAAUCAAGGUUUGUCAAACAAAGAUGCUACGGUUAGAGAAUCUACGGAUACUAUAAGAGAAAUUGAACCCGUUAUAGAUUUUCCUACAGACUUGUCCACUAGGAGUUCAAAUUCUGAAAUUCUUGAAGCGCCGGAGAUUAAAAAUGUUUCCGUUUCGAUAGAUUUAACAGCCGAUGAUGAAAGUAUCGUUGAUGUAUUAAGUACUGAAGACACUAAAACACCUAUGGAUAGCUCGGUUAAUAUGAAAACGAAUUCAACGCUUGCCGCAGAUAUGAGUUAUAACGAACAAUAUACAAUAAGUUCUAAUGAAAAUGGAAUUUCGCACACGGCCAAUCUAAUGAAUGUUAACGAUGCCAGACGUGCAAUAGUUUCAACACAUUCAGAAUCUCAACCUAUUCGUACUUUCCAUAGCACACAAAAUGACGGAGAAAUAAUGCCAUCGUCGAAAGAUUCAUUUACAACAUUGCCGGUUUACGCAGUACCAAAUCCUGUUAUGACAACAUCAGUAAAUAAACAGGAGGGUGCAGCUACGAUAAAUAAUUCGAAUAAUGCUGUUGAUUGUACUGAAGUAAAAAUACCGGAUUACUCUUUAGUUAAUUCUGAUAGUCGAGUUGCAUUGAAUUAUGGUGCUACCGCAAGUAAUAGCUCAAUAACAGGAUCAGUACCCACAAGUAGUUACCCACAAGCAUCGGCUUCAGCAGAACCCAACAAAAGUAGUGUCGAUAAAAAAAGUAGCGCUGAUUCUGAUAAAAAAGUUGUUACCGAAACUCAGGACCCCGAGAUUGCUAAGAAAAUAGCAAUGUUGCCUAAAGAAUUAGUAGAAAUAUUAGGAAAUAUGCCUGCUGAUCAUAGGAACCAGCUCCUUAACGUACUUCCACAAUAUGUUUCUACUUCGACGGCAACCACAAGAAAUAAUUGUGAGAAUAUGGGUAUAAAUGUUAUGCAGACAAAUGUACAACAACCAUCAGCUAAUCGAGAAAUUACUAAUAACAUGCAUACUUUUAUUCCGAACUAUCAUUUGCCGACAAAUAUGCAUUGUACCUCUCAAUUCAUGAGAGCGUUUAACAUCGAAAAAAGUCACCAAUUGACUUAUUUACAACCACCACCGCCGCCGCCGCCGCCUCCGCCGCCGCCACCACCGCCGCCACCGCUACCACAGCCGCCCCCACCACCACCAGCGGCACAACCACCGUUCCAGAUACUGCCUCCCCCACCACCUCCCCCUCCUCCACUACCGCCGCCAUCCAUUGAAGUUAAAUUACCGUCUUCACCACCGCCUAUGAAUGUUACAUUGCAACCAGUACAAGUUGCGUCAAGUGCAGAACCAAUACAGGAAAUGUUUAUUCCACCUUUACCACCGAAUCCACCACCUCCAUUGUUCCCACCUUUACCAGCAGUUGUUAAGACGGAUGUGGAUGGCCCAGAACAAGAUAUUAAACCUCUUAUUGGGAUGUUAAAGGUAAAAGAAGAAAAAGAUAUUGACGAUAAUAGUGAUAACAUACCACCACCACCUAGAUCGGCAGUUCAACCAGAAAACGUAACUGUCAAUGAAAAUACGGAUAACAGAAAUAGGACAGUAGAUUUGACUGAAGAAAGAAACUCGCUUGUAAACGAAGAGAGGUUGAAGUUAGCAGAAAACUUACUUAAAUCAACAGUAACAUCUACACAAGUAAUAACUAACCCUGUUAAUGUGAUGACAACUCCAAAACCAAAAAUUGUCAGUGACAAAACGGCUAGCUUAAGAGCUGUACGUAUUAAAACUCCAUCAGAACGCAAAAAAUCGUCGUCAAAUAGCGAAAUUCGAGCUUCUUUACUUGCUAAAUCAGCACAACAACAUGAAAUUUCGACAAUUAGAGAGUCACCUAAAGAAAUAGAAAAGCAGACAGUUGGAAAUAAAUCUAUUAAAUCAAGAUUAGUUCAAAAUGUCGCACAAGUUCCGGAUGACAAAGAUACUAAACAUGUCGAAUGUAAUGUAUCUCUACCUACACAACAAGGCGAAGAAAGUAAUACUCGACAGAAAAAGGAAUGUAGGUCAGCUGCCCCAGAACGGUCCUCAGCAAGAUUAGCCGUAGAAACAAAAUCUUUAACAGGAAAUACUUGUAAUAAUAAUGAAUUAGAGAAACGUCAAACUAUAAAAGACAUAGCAAAAAUAGAUCACGGUUCUCAAAAUGUCGAUACUACUUUAAGUACAAGAAGUAACAUAUCUUCCACUCCACAACAAGAUAACGAGGUUCGUUCCGAAUGUCGCAUUUUAGAAAGAACAGUUAACUUACAACUGUCGGAUGAUGCUCAUUUAUCAACCCAUAAGCGAGAGAAAGCUGUUGUGUAUCAUAACUCACUUCAGAGCAGUUCUCCUGAAGGUGAUCACAUUUCCGUUGGCAAGCCCUCAGUUGAUAUUGACCAUAAUUUGACAACGGUAAAAAAUGACACUAUCGUUGAUGAAGAAGAUUCAGACGAUGAUGUUUCUCUUGCAGUAAUUGUUAAAAAUCGCGAUCAAAUGAAACAUAUAUUGCAAAAAUUGGAAAAUGAAUGUUCCAUUUCAAAUGAACAUAAUGAUGUAGAAAAAUUGAAAGAAAGUACAAAUGAUUUUAGCAGUAGCACAAUAUACAGCUCAAACUCAGAUGCUACUGCUCAUCAAAAUCCACUCGGCGAGGAAAAUGAGAAGGUAAUUCUAAAUAAUAAUGCGUCUUACUCUGCUCAACGUUUGACAAGCGAAAUGGACCAGCAGAGCAUAAAAAUCAGUGUUUCACAAAAUAUUGAAAAUGAACAGUUUAAUCAACAACAUCACGACCGCUUUGAAAAUACAAAAUGUAAUGCAGAAGAUACUCAAAUUUUGGAAGACAGCCAAUUAAAAAUAAAUGAAGUUGUAGAUGAAAGUGUUGCACACGAAAGUAUUGCUCUUAAACACACAGAAAAAGACAAGUCAAAGCGAAUAUCAAACGAUGCUCGCGUUGAAAAAGGCAAACAAAAGAAAAAACACAAACGUAAAUUAUCUGCAAAUAAUGUCGGCAAUAACCAGACUCCUGUAAUGAAAGAUGAUUACUCUUCAAACAAGUUAAAGAAUAGUUCAGAUGUUCCAGAUUUGGAUAAAGUGCAUGAUUCUCAAGAAUCAAAUAAAAGUAUUUCAAAAAUUAGCAAUAACGAAACUGUUCCUGUUGAGGAUUUGUCAUCUAAUCUGAAAAAUGUGUCUGAUAACAAUAACGAAGACACUUAUGAAGAAAAUAACAAAGAAGUUGAAAAAGACAAAGCCAAUGAUUUGCAACCGCUUUCUGAGGUAACGGAAAAUAAUUCAAAAUCGCUAAGACGCAGUAGACGAGGAAAAUCUGUGGUCGCUGAAGGCAUGCUUAUUGGACCUGAGAAUUCUAUUGAAACUGAAGCUGUCACGGAACAAAAGACACCCCUUACUAAGAAGCAACUUAUUUUUUCUAAGUUGUUAUUGGAUGAAGAAAUUCAUACCGAGCCAAAAGCACACUCAACGCCUGAAAAAAAUCUAUCCAAUACUGAGGAAGGUAACAAUAGUCAAGAAAAUAAUAAUCAGCUAAUUAUGGAUACAAAUGCACCCAUAAGUGAUAAUUUAGAAAACACAGAAGCAAGUGGCUUAGAAAAAGGAAAAGAAACAAAAAGUAAGAAACCAAUUAAAUUAAAAAAUAUUUACAAGAAAAAUAAAUCACAAAGAAACUCUGAAAAACGUAAGAAAGGACAUUCUCAUAAGUCAAAGAAAAUGCCCGAACUAAGAAUCCGUUCUGAAAGUCCUAUUUGCAUUGAUUAUCCGCGAAACAGUCAUCUUUCAGCAGAAGAACAGUUUGCUGAAACUGAGAAUCAAAUUUUACUUAUUCAACAAGCCCGAGAUGAAUUAGAAAAAGCUAAUGCUAGUGCUAUUUUUUCGGGACCUACUACAAGCAAGGACUCAUUAAGCACUUCUGGAGAGAAAAGAAAAUUAGAUAUGAUGACUACCGACGAUUUUCGACAAAAUCCAAAAACGAAGAAACUUAAAUUUAUUGAAAGUGAUGCUAAAGAUAAUGAAAAUAAUAUACCGGUGCCACAAGGAAAACGCACUACGUGUUAUAUGCAAGCUGCUUUGAGGAAGACCCGAUCAAAAUCUGUUGUUGUAAAAUCUUCUACUGAAUUAUACGACCCAUAUGAUAUUGACCUAGAUGAUAUGAUUGAAAAACCGGAAUUAUUUAGAAGUGAAACAAGUGAUAAAGAUAAUUCAGAAAAUCAGAAAAAUAAUAAGAAAUACAAAGGCAAACAAUUAAUAUCUAGUAAAAGGCAAAAUUGUUUUAAAAGGUCGAAACCUCAAAAUGUUAGUAGUGAUAAUAAAACAACAUCAGCACCCAAAGAUGAAGUAGUUGAUUCAGACGACUCCUCGAAAAGUGAUGUUCCACUAAAUAAAUACAUAGAAGAAAAAGAAAAGAAAGCACUACAAUCAGGCAAAGUGUGUCCGAAACGAAAUACCAAUUUAGGAAAAGCUGGAAAACGGAGCUCAAGGUGCACUAAACUUAAUAACGACAGCAAGAAAUUCAGGCGAACUUCUUCCGAUGAUCUAGAAAAAUCUGGAACAUCAAAUGACGUCGACGAACUUCGAUCUGAACAAUUCAUGGAAAGUUUUGGUUUCUUUUCACAAAGAAAACCACGCAAGUCCAAUUUAUUGGCUUCUAAGAAAAUAUCUGAAACUUUUCACAUCAUUGCUAGUGAAAGCGACGAUUCAUGUCUUAGUCCUAAGAAAAAAACUAGCAGGCGCACGAAUCAAAGCGAAACUAGAAAAUCUGUAUCCGGAGAUGCCAGGACAAGAAAACUUGUAACAAACAAAAGAAUUCUUAAAAAAGUACAAAGAAUAAGAAAAUCUGUGUUCCUGCCGCCCAUACCAUGCUUCUGUCGUCUGUGUAAAAAAGAAUUCAGGCGGUCGGAUAACUUCCUGCGACAUCAAAUGAACGUACUUCAUGUGGCUAAAUUGGCUGAAAUAGAAUUAAAAAUGAGAACCAACCCUAUAUAUGAAAAGCCAAAUUAUCUUAUUGCAUAUAAACGGCAGCUAGAUCGACUGAAAUUAAUGACAAAAAAAUACGCUAAUCAAAAAAAUCACCCAAAAUUAAUAAUGCCUACAUUAGACAAGAUUUUGGCUAAAGUAAAUAAGAAAAUCAGAGAGCAAAAACUAGCUCAAAGAGGACUUAGCAGGGACGAAGCACUUUUCAUUGACUGUUGUCAAUUAUUAAAGUCUAAUAAAACUGAGAUCAAACCGACGGUGCCACCAUCAGUUUCCCAACCAGUUGCCAAUAACUUGCCUGAACCGAUUGUCAAAGGAUUUGAUCUUUUAGAAAAACCGCUUAAAGGCGACGGCGAUGUUGAUUCGAUUACAGCUAAAAAUAUAUUAGAGAGCGAUGAAGUGAAGAAUUUGGAGAAUGAUUUAAUUUCUGGUCUAAAGGAAGCUGCAAAUGCCAAUUCUAAGAAACCAAAAGUUGUGUUACAACGAAGUGUUAGCGAUGUGGGAUUAGAUCAGAAUGAUUCUGGCCAGAUAAGUUACUGUAGUCCUGAAAUAGCUGGACCUAGUAAUGCAAACCUUGUUCUGAAUGAUUUGAAUACUUGUCCUGAAUCCAAAGAUAAUGUUGUAAAUGCCUGCCCUGAAGUCAAUCCUAACAAGGAAACCAAAGAUAAUGAUGAAAGUUCUUCUCUUAUGGGCCAUGUUAAAGAUGAAAAAGCUAAUCUAGAAUUUCAACCUAAUAAUGAAAAUCUUCAUACCGAAACUAAUCCAAAUAAUGAAAUAUUCAGCCCUGAGUAUAAUUCAAAUGAUAAAAAUACUAAUUCAGAACCCAAUUGUGAUGAUCAAAAAACUUCAGAAUCUGACCUACAUGACGAUAAACGCGAUCCCGAAGCAAAACAUAAUGUUGAAGAGAUUUAUUCGGAACCUGAACCCAACGAUGGAAGAUCUUGUCCUGACAUUAAUGAUGAAAAAGUUGUUUCUGAACUUCAAAUUCAUAACGAACAGCUUAGACCUGAAUUUAAUUCUAAUCCUGAUAAUACUAGUCCAAUGCCUAAAAAUAAUAUUGAAAAAUCUUGUCUAGAAUCUGUUCCCAGCAAAGCUAAAAAGCAAGUUGAAGUUAAAGAAAAAAUGUACCCCGAUAUCAUUGAUACCAUAGACAUGUUUGAAGACAAAUUUGACAAGAUAAAGAGAAAAUGCAGAUCUCAGGCGGCAGCUGCGAAGCAAACGCAAGCUGCUGCGAUUGAAACGAAUAACAGUUUCAAGUCUCGGAAGAAAUCUGAAAAGAAGAGGACGCGCAAAAACUCGAAAAGAGGUCACCAGAGUUCUCAAGUCCUAACAAAAGGUGCCCUUAAAGGUUUCGACGGAAUUAAGGUUUCUAUACCGACUUCAGACAUCAACAUCUCUGGAAUUGUUCCCACUCUUACGCCCUCACCAAAGAAGAAAAAGAAAGGUAGUUCAAAGAACAGAAAAGAAAAGACGUCCGAUUCAAAUUCGAAAAACGAAAGAUAUGCCGGAGAUUGUUCUACUUCGAAGGAAGUUGACGUUUAUGAGUUUUUAGAUAAUGAAGAUGCAGUUUUUGAGUUUAGACCUUCAACUUUAAUGGAAAGAUUUAAAAAUAUAACUUACACGAAUGAUGGACCUAGUACAUCGAAAUUAAACUCAGGAGUGGAUGCCGAUAAUUCUAGUGAUAGUGCUUCAGAUGGAGACGAUUUCGUAUACAUGUCUGAUGAUUACGUGUGCAGCGACGAUGAAACUGAAAACAGUUUGAUGUCUUGUGAGAUGAACAGUGGCAAAGUGGGCAACGAUACAAAGAAAAUUACGUCUCCCUUAAAAAGAAAAGAUGCCUUAGAGAAAAAUGCCGUUAUGGGAAAGAUUUUCAAACAUAACGCAGUGCGUAGUGACAAAAAGAAAAUCAAGGAGUCUGUUAAACCCAAGGCUAAUUUAGACCAAUUAUUUGACAGUUUACUUGAGGAUAAGCCAAAAACUUCUGACUUGUAUGAUGACGCACCAACUACCAAAGAUGAAGAUUUUGUGGCCCCAAAUAUACAAGAUGUGUCUUACAAAAUUGAUAAAUACAACCGAGGCACUUCGAACAGAGAAGAAACUACAAAACUAAAGAGUCCUUCACCCAAACAUCACAGUCCGUUAUCUCUUAAAGAAUAUGACAGUGCUUCUCUCAUAGACUAUAACUCUUCAACAUCAAAGACAAUCUCAUCGGAGAUGGGGCCCAGCACAUCAAAAAAACGAGAUGUGCCGAAAGAUAAUAAAGACCAUUCACCCAAAAAGCAUGAAUCGAAACACGCAUCUAGUAGAUAUAGCGAAUCCCUGACUCCAAAAACCGAUUUCAUUACCGGAAAGCAACGUGAUACAAUAAAAGACAGAUCAUUUAAAGAAAAGUCUCCGACUAACAAAUCAGACGAACGAAUUAGCCCAAGUUAUGACUAUAAUGCUGAUGUUUACGAGCAAAUCCAAUACGAUGAUAUGGGAGUGGCAAGACAGAGGGCGCGUCGUAAAUGUACUGUAGGAAAACAAAAUGUGCUGGCUGAAAGUUGGAGUUCGGAAUCCGAGCCAGAUGCUCUACCGCCACGUCCUAACAGCGCCGAGUCUGUUAUCAUGACCUCACGUAAAAAGAAAGGAAAGAAAAAAGAUCACCAUACCAGUGCAAAGCGUACGAACAAUCGACAUAUAUCAUUUAAAAAGCGAGAUGUCGAACAUAAACUAAACAACAACAACCGUCACGGAAGUUACACAGGAACGAAUCGAGCAUACAAUGAAAGCGACGAUGCAGAUAGGAGCACGGUGAAUCCUUACGAUGCGCCGACGCCAUCGACAUCAACAGCGCAUACGCAUCUGGGACCACCGACCGACCGACCAAGACCGCGACCCCGAACCACGGCGUACUACAACUGGUCUUCGGACGGGGACGACGAGCAAGAACAUCAACAGCAGCAUGGCUGGAUAGUCGGAGAUAGCCAUAAAAAGUUAGUUACAAUGCUCGCACACGCGAAAGGACGGAAGCGCAACAACGACGAUAAACGUCAUUUCGUCGAGUAAGGUUAGUUUCUUAGAUUAUAUUAAUCUUGUAAAUAUUAUUGUAAAUAAACUUCUUUUACCGAUUGUCGAUUUUACGGCAUAUGACCAGAAACUGGUAAAAGAAGGUCGUGUAAAUAUUGUAUAUCUCUAUGAAAUAUUUUAGUUAAAUUUUGAAUGAACUGGUACUUUCAGAUUUAUAUUAUAUUCACAUUCAAGUCUAUAAGUAGCCAAAUUCGGGAACAUUUAAUUGUAUUAUUUAAAAUAAUUUCAAAUCUUUGGGUACCGAAGAAGGGCAUUUUUAGUUUCUUGAUGAUCCUCGGAGGUUGUCAGAUCUUUGGUGUUUUUCUGUUAAGCCUAGCGUGGUUCUGCAAUUAGAACAUAAAUAGUAGCAAUGUCAUUGGAUACACAUUUCUUAUUUUUAUUUACUUAAAUGCUAGCAAAAUCUUAUAUUUAAAAUAUUAAUUUCUACUUUUACAUUCGGAGUCCUCUUAAACUGUUAUUUAAAGCAAAAUAAUUAGUAAGAUUACUUGAUUCUCUAUCGAAACUAUUAAAACCAUAUAAGUGUAUCAAUUUACUAAAAAUGCCGCGUUCCGUUACAUAUUCACUGUAAGCAAGUAAAUAUAAUUUUAUGCAAAAAUGCUUAGAUGCAUAAUAACGAUUUAAUGUUCCUUUCAUCAAUUAUUAGUAAUUUUGAUAGAUGUAUUUUAUUUUGGAAAUUAUUAUAUAAUUGAUAAUGGUAUGUCUUAUCGACUGAAUGUCUUUGUUAUGUAAAAGAGUUUAUGUUUAUGUCCAUAGGGGCUGGUAAAGCGGUCUGAGUGAUUUGUGUAUCUUUGAGUUGCGUAAAUUAAUUUGUUAACUAUUUUUAUACAUUAGAUAUUUUGAGUCGUCGAAUGUUUUACACAAUUGUGAAAUCUCAUGCAUUAGUUAUUGUUGUAUCUAGUCCAAUAAGGAAAGACUAAUUGCCGCGUUAUCAGCCUCAAUACUAUGUGAUUUAUUUUCCAAUGUACGAGAAGACUUAUAAUUUUCAUUAUAUAGAUUAUUCUUAACAUGAAAUUGACAUUGGUCUGUGUUUCGGUUAGUAAUUGAAUAAAUGAUUAUAUUGGUUUCUUUUUUUUGAAUAAAUGUCAUAGCUAUUUUUAUUUACUUAAUUUUUUUUAUAUAUUUUAUUUUUUUUCCAGGAUCAAUUAGAAUUCCUAUUCUUAUGCAAAAUCGUUAUCAAUAAUGAUAAAGGAUCGAUCGAUUGUCCUCAUACACAUUUAUCGUAAUUUUUUUGCAAUACUCUCUUGUUUGCGGUGUGAUGAAAUGUUAAAUGUUCCAAGUCGCUGCUUUAAUUUUGAUUUAACAUUAAUUAUGUGCUGUUGAAUAUUUACGCAUCUUAGUUUAAAAUUAUGACAAUGUGUUUCAGGGCAAUCACUGUUAGCCGUUAUAAUUGAUGUCAAAUACAUAAUUAAUAAUAAUCGGUAGUUACAUAUUUUCCCCAAUGUUCCAGUGUUUUCUUUGAUUGAUGUAAUCCAAACAGAGCCGUACAACAAUUGUGCAUAGUUGAAAUUAUUAGUUAUUAUUCAGAAUAUUAAUAAACCUACGUAGAAAAUUAUGUGUCUAUUUCACAAUCUCCCUUCAUUAAAGCCUUUGUUAGACGUAUUUUAGAUUGUAGUAAUAUACUUAUCCAUUUAUAAUAACAUAAUAAUCUUCUUUGAGGUUCUUUCUAUCUGUGUCUAAAUGAGUCUUGAUAAGUAACUAGUCAGUAGGUAUGUCAAAUGUACCGAGAUCUUAAUUGCUAAAGUUGCUGGGAGAUAUGUGUAAUAGUAAUGAAUUCACCAUUAAAUAUCACUGAAUUUUCAUGUUAUGUUAGCUUAGGCUGCCGUUAUGAUAAACAAUAAAACAUAUCCC